AACCCAUGAGAGACAAGGCAGUAAACGUGGCUACAAACCAAGUUGUUCAACCCAUGUUGGCAAUGAGCUGAGCGGUUGAAAAAACUCCUGCGGGCUAAAUGAGAAUCGUAUAAAGAGGUUAUAAUGCAUUGUAAUUAUAUUUUAUGAAGUAUACAGAGGGAUACGUAUCAUAGUUACACAUCUUGACUCUGUGGAGGCUUACAGUAAUAAUAUGAAGCCUACAGUUUAGAGGAGAAUAGAUGCACUGCCAAAGUCUCAGUCUAAAUUUACCACAGCUUUCAGUUCUUAAAUGACCCAAAAGUCCAUUCAUCUUUAAUGAGCCGCUUAUUUAUUAUUGUUGCCAUUUGAACAAGUCUUGCAUGGGGAAAGCCCCGGCUAUUUUGGAACAUUUCAAAGGGAAUGGAUGUGGGCAAUAGAAGCCGUUCCUCAUUACAGUUUAUGGGAGGAACUUGACAUUGAGAUUAGCUAUGGUCAGUUCUCUUCCCAGAGAGCUCGCUCCAGCGGGGUUGCCAGUUGUGAAUAAAUCCAAACUUUAAAUUGAAUUAAAAUGAGCAGUAAAUGUAAAAUGAAUUCAUAAAUUAGAUACUGUAUUUUGUGAAUCAUUUGGUGUUUUAUAAGAGUAGUUUUAUUCAGAAGGGUUUCCCAAAAGACUGAAAGACUACAACAUUUCCAGAUAAAGAGAUUUAGUUUGCAACUGGCAACACACUGUGCAGGGGCUGGUGCUGUAUAGCGCCGCCGCACCAGCGAGAAGAGUCGAAAACAGGGCAGAUGGUUUGUGUGGACAUUACUGGGAUAGCGCCAGAGUUUUAGGUUGGGAAAUCGGGAGACUGGAGAUAGAGAUGCGUUUCCCAUACAGAAGAGCCACUCUCUACAGGUUUUCUUCUUGAAUCCGGACAAAGCCUUCUAUGCCUAAAACUCCCAGCUUUUUAGAUGACUUAUUUGGAUAGUUGGACAGUCUUUUCAAAUAACAGUCAGAGAAUGAAGUAAAACGCAUUGAUUUUCGAGAGUGCUGUAUCAGUUAACUUGUUAACUUGUGGAUGUUAAAAUGCUGUGUACACUUGGAGUGUAUAACUGAUAUGCAAAGAAAUUCCAGAAGCGCAAAGUCAGUGGUGUGGUGAUUUGGAGAGCUGAACUUGGAGGUUUGGAAUAACAGUUUCUAAUACCCGGAAUGAUUUUUAGGAAUUGCUGACUCCGUCAAUGAGUGGCUAGUUUAUUAUGUUUUCCUGUCUGCGUUUUCAUGCAGCUGUCAUGUUGAUAACAGGCUGGUGAAGUAGGGUUUUGGGUUAUCUGAUGUUCCACUGCGAAAACUAAAGGCAUGCUUUGAAACACAACACUAAAGUGUUUGCCUCUCUCUUGCACUCAAUUUUUUACUGCGCUGCGCUGUACUGUAUUUUUUAUUUACUGAAAACAAAUGUUCUAAAUAGGCAUACAGGUCCCAUGUACACUAUUGGAUAUUUAUCACUCUGUCAGAUUGUUCAUUGUAAUUGACAGCUUCCCAUAAUGCGGGGAGAGUUUGUUCUGGGUCUGUUCCUGCUCUGUCUGCUAGCGUGGGCAGGACACGCAGACAAACAGACCCAUCUCAAACGGAUGCCCAUACUCAACAACGGGCAUCUGCAGCCGAGCGCAGCCGACAGAAAGCACACUGUCGGCGGGGGAGGGACCUCCCGCCCUGGACCCAGCUCAGCCUCGGUGCCCACCGGUCUCAGCGCUAGGCGCGGGGAGGACAUGCAGGCAGACCAGGCCUCUGUUCCUCGGGCCAGGACUGGGGCUGGACAAGGCAGAAGAGGUGGAGCGCUGGCAGGGGCAGUAGGGAGGAGGGCAGCCGGGCAGCGUGUUCCCCUCCAGCCUGUCAUGCUUCAGGAUGAAGGCGCUCCCCGGGUGAGGACCAGACAGACCCGCAUACCAAGCAGUGCAGGCUCACCUAACCUCUUGGCGAGCUUUGCAGGGAAAAACCGAAUUCUGGUGAUUUCUGCCCCGCACAACUCAGACGGUUACUACCGGCUAAUGAUGACACUGCUGAAGCCAGACGUGUACUGUGAGCUGGCGGAGCGGCAUGUGCAGCAGAUCGUGAUAUUCCACCAGGAGGGGGAGAUGGGUGGGAAGGUGAGGCGGAUCACCAGAGAGGGGAAGGUGAUGGAGGAACCUUUGGACACAGCGCUCAUCCCCCGCCUCAUGACCUUCCUCAAACUGGAGAAAGGUAAGUUUGGAAUGGUACUUCUGAGGAAAACCCUCCAGGUGGAGGAAAGGUACCCCUAUCCAGUCAGGCUGGAGGCCAUGUACGAGGUCAUCGACAAGGCACCAAUGAGGAAGCUGGAGAAGAUCCGACAGAAGGGAUUCGUCCAGAAGUGUAAAGGGGCGGGAGUAGAGGGGCAGGUGGAGGAGGGGGGCGGAGACUCAGGGACGGUAGUGGAAACAGGUGGACAGGUAGACCCACUCCCAGAGAGGAAGCCGGUGAGGAAGCCAAUGAGGAGACCCACGACAACCACCACUGUUGCCACAACAACAACGAGGCCAACGACAACUACCACAGUGACAACUACCACAACUAUGCGACCCACAAGGACCACGACAAAAGCCACCACGACAAAAGCUACCACGACAAAAGCCACCACGACAACCACACCAAAACCCACAACAACCACGACUAAACAGACUACAACGACCACAACUAAACAGACUACAACCACACGUCAGACCACCACUGCUACUACCACCUCUACCCAGAGACCCACAAAAGCCCAGACCACCCCUGACUGGCUGCCUGCCCCUAGGACCACGGCUGAGCCAUAUUAUUAUAACCGCAGAGGCAGGGAGAGGGAGAGGGACAGGUACCCAGCCAAGACCACCCCGCCUGGGGACAACCGAACAGACAAGGAGGGGAAGGACCACAAUGGCCGUCAGCAGGCAGAAGUGGUACCCACACAGCACAAACCCACCAAGGGCAAACCUACCAAGAGGAAGAAUGAGAUGGUGUUAAAUAAUGAGUAUGAGGAGAAGUAUGAAUCUGGCCGGCCCACCGUCAGCGACCCAGAGACACAGACAGAGGCCAACACAGAGGUCAGCCCAGCCAAGAGGGGCAAGGGAAAACACGACAAUACUGAGAAGAAGAAGAAAAAGAAGAAGGGCAAACCAGACAAGGCCGCCAAGAGGGACAAAGCCGAGAGGAGAGGAGCGAAGGCAGGGAAGGAGGGCAAAAACAACGGAAAGAAGAACGGAAAGAAGGUGUCGAAGAAUCCUGAGAAAGAGGAGUACUACAAACCCACCAAGAAGCCUCCGCCUCCUAGGGGAUCCCUGGCGUCCUUCCUGGACUACUUUGAGAACAGGAGACGACUCGUGAUCAUAACAGCCCCCAGUGAGGAGAGCACUAUGUACCUGCAACAGAAAGAUGAAUACCUGGAGACGGUGUGUGAGAUGGCCAUCAGGAAAGUCUCCAUCAUCACCAUCUUUGGCUCACUCACCAACUCCACCAUGAAGAUAGACCACUACCAGCUGGAGAAUGAUAAGCCUAUGAAAGGUCUUCGUCAGGAGGAUCUGGUGAACCAGGAUGUGAUUACAGAGCUGAGGAAGGAGUUCAGUAUGACCUUCAACCACUUCUACAUGGUCGUCACUGACACUGACAUGAGAUUCAAGCAAUCCUAUGAGGUUCCCAUUGCCAUGAAGGCUGUGUUCGAUUACGUCGACACCUUCACCUCUCGCAUCAGAGAGAUGGAACAGCAGAAGAGAGAUGGAGUGGCCUGCAAGAAGGAGGACAAACCAAGAUCACUGGAGAACUUCCUUUCCAGGUUCCGUUGGAGGCGUCGCCUAUUUGUAAUCUCCGCCCCCAACGAUGAGGAAUGGGCCUAUCAGCAGCAGCUUCACGCCCUGACCAGCCAAGCCUGCAACCUGGGCCUGAGACACAUCUCUAUCCUGAAGCUGGUCGGCAUGGAGGCAGUGGACCAGGGAGGAGUCCUAGAGCUCUAUCCAAUCAACGGCAGCGCCACGGUGGAGCGUGAGGGCCUCUCGGCCACCCUGGUCAAAGACAUCCGCAACUACUUCCAGAUCAGCCCAGAGUACUUCUCCAUGCUGCUGGUGGGAAAGGACGGCAACGUCAAGUCGUGGUACCCGAGCCCCAUGUGGUCCAUGGCCAUCAUCUACGACCUGGUGGACUCUAUGCAGCUCCGCAGGCAGGAGAUGGCCAUCCAGCAGUCACUGGGCAUGCGCUGCCCUGAAGACGAGUACGGAGGCUACGGGUACCAUCACCACGGCUAUGACGGUUACCAGGACGGCUAUCACCAGGGAUACGGUUACUAAAGGGGGUGUCAAUAGUCUAUAAGCAUUGAUAUGGUUACUAAGCAGUGUGUUACUUAAUCUCAAAUCAAUCUCUUUUGCCUUUAUCCAUGUAUGCUUCUUGAUGGCCCUUUGUAGAUUCAAAUGGAUCAGAUAGGUGUAAGCAGUAAGGUAUGGCUCUACCUAGCCCCAUAGUAGUCUAGAUGGGCUUUCCACCAUGUUCCUUGUACUUAGCCACUGGUUUCGGAUCUGUAGGCAUUAAUUAAGAAGUUCCUAGGGAUAGGGGUUGAUUUCCAAUUGGUCAUGCGUGUGCAUGGGAGAGGGGCAUGAGUAUAACCUUUGUCUCACCUCCUGAAUGGCGGUUUCUGUUUUCAGGAAGUUUAUGGAGGGUUAAAUGGUCUAGGUGUUAGCUCUGUGCUUCCUGGUUCUAGAAUGAAAUAGAGAAGGAUUGGAUAGUGAUGUCAUCAAUAUCUGUCUAAUCCUUCUCUAUAUCAGUCUUGUUCUUUUGUAUUAAGAAUUACAAUCAACAGUUGUUUUACAUUUCACGUUUUCCGUCUACUACAUUUCCAUUCUUGACCAAAUGUACAUGUUCACUUUCACAGUCCUGGACCUUAUUGUAGAUAAAAGCGUAAGGAUGAGUCAAACAUUUUGUUUGUAUUGGAUGUCUGUUUUUAACUUGUGGCUAUAACAGUCUGUUUCUGCAAUGAACUUUCAACUUCAUUUAUGUUUUGUAAUUUUCCUGUUGUUACAUAUUGUUCUUAUUCAUACUCUAUUGUACAUGAGAGACGGAGUCUCUGUUGUACUGUAUAUUUAUGACAAAUAAAGCUUUGUUUCCUGACAA